AUGCCGACUUAUCUAUGCCACGGAUUUCGAUGGCACCGCCGCGAUAUCCGCAUUUUCGUCAUACUGAAUGAUCUUGAAGACGCGGCUCCAAAUUGGAUUCUUGCGCCUGCGUCUUCGUAUUGUAUCCUCGAUCAGUUACACGCUCAGUUUGAUUUCCUGCCCGAGCUCACCCCGCCGACCACACCGACACAAGCCAGUGUCAGCAAUGCGAAAAAUGCCAAACCAAAACCAAAACCUGAUCAUGUGGAUGAUGACCACGAUCUCCCCAAAUCACGUGUACCCGACGCCGAAGAUGCUGUUCUCAUGCACUCCUGGUCCCCAGUCAAGCUGUUGGAGGAGUUUGACGUGGACGAGAUGACAAUGGCAUGUAGGCCAUAUGCCUAUGUGGCUGACUAUGUGGCGAGAAUUGAUCUGAGCGUAGAUGUCGCAGGUGAGAUGGCCAGGUACUACGAAAGAAUGGCAGGUGACGAUGGCUGGAUCAUUAAAUUAAGGGAUCAGUUGCAGAAAGGGGAGCCGGUGAAAUGGUACAUUAUCGUCUGUGGUGACGAGGUGAGAGAAGUCCCUGGUAAAAGUGACGAAGAAGAACACGAGGUUGGAUAUGAGCAGUUGAGAGAAAGAGCCCAACAUAUGGCACGAGCCAGGAGGACGAGAGAAAUCAUGGAUGGGUCUUCCAACUCACCAUCUGAAUACGAGGAUGACGGCGACCAAGACGAAGACGACGCGCUUACUGUAUUGGAAGGUAUACUAGAUCACUCCGAAGGUGCUACUACUCCAAGGCCUCUUUCAUUAGAACUGCCCGAUAUCCAUAUACCACUCCAGCCUCGACUUGACCCGGCCAGAGCAUCAGUCUUGACUACCUCAACAGUCUGGUCCCAGGAUCAGUCACCCGAUGAAACGGCAGACACAGAGACUCCAGACAUUGACAAACCACUUUUACCCAGCGAGCUCGAUCCUAACAGAACGUCCAUGUCUACGGCAUACUCAAUUUGGUCCCGAAAAGAAACUCCGGAUACGCGGCUACGACAAUCUGAGAUUACGCAGUAUUCAACUUCUACGGCAUCAGGACUAUAUUCUGAAAAUGGGCGCACUCAUCUUGAACCAGAAGAGUUUGCCAAGACGCAGCCACCAGCGCAAAUUUUUGCAAGGGAAGAGACUGCAGAUGUCUUGCGGCCCCUCAAGCCUGCAGAACUUGUCUCAUCAAGGACUUCGACGCCGCCAACGCCCAAGGCUUCAGAGAGACAACUACCAGCUCCGAGCUUAUACAGACCUGAGAGCUUUGUCCCACCUUUCUCGCCACCUUUGCCAUCUUCAGAGACCUUUCCAGAUGAAACCCCUAAACCAACGGUUCCGGACCAAACCGAGGCUACAAACCCGACGGAGCCUUCAUGGCCGUUGUCGUCCGACUCACCUCUAGGAUCGUCAGGGUCUAGUACAUAUCGCAACGAAGAGAAUUCUUUCCCACUGGUGUCAUCGCCGCCACAUUCUAGGAAUUCACCUGCAGCUAUAUUUUACUUAUCUAAAGAAAUCACACCCCCUAAAAUACCAUCGCUGGCAUCAAAGCACCCUCCGCAGCCGCAGUUUCCAGGACCUACAAUGUCUAGGUUCCAGGAAAGCGUACCGCAAGCUUCACCGUUACUGGUUACGCCGAAUCCUAAACACAUAGAAAAACCAAGUUCCGGUGUCUUGUACCAAGCCGGAGAGUCUGUCCCUAAAAAGCAACCACCGUCGUCGUUGCCUAGGUCCAGAGUUGUGCGUGCUCCCCCACCACUAAACAUCAACACGACAAACUCGAUCAAGCGCUCGACUUUAAGUCCUGUGAAGAACAUCACGCCACCGACAUCAGCUCAACGAGAGACAUCUGAUCUCAACAUGAAGACACCCCCCAUAACUCCUAGAACUCCCAAAGCGUCUACAGGGCAGCCACUCACACAGGCUUCGCCAAAGUCACGAAUACCGAGAAGCGGACCAAAGAAUAUACGACUGUCAACCCUACCGCUUCCACCUGAACCGGCAGUGAAGAGUCCUGUUCGUCCUCCUACGCCGCCAAAGCCAAAGCCUCGCCUUCCGCAGAAAGAGGUGCCGCAGAGAAGACCACAAACAGCACCAGAAGAGGGAACGCUGUUGAGACCCAACGGGGCAGGGUUUUCGAGGCCACUCCAAUAUGACGCCCCCAGAUCUAUGCAGAAACCAGGAAGUGAAGGAGUGAUACUGGGGCCAAAACUAACACCAACAUCAAUACCAACAGUCCCUGCGGGCUACAGUCGGAGUGCUACUGCACAUGUAAAUGCGCCGCUCGACUCAGUAACACAGGCGAGGAUGAGAGCGCAACCACCUCCAAACCCAGCACAGAUUCGACAGCCUAUUGUGUCUACUCAAAAUACUGAUGGGUAUACACUUGAAGGAGGAAAACAUCACAAACAUCACGUUGCUCGAAGCCAUUCGGUUGCUGACGGGUUUAAGAGGCUUUUCAGGAGACCAUCUCUUGCCAAAGGAUCCCACCAUUGA